AUGGCGGAGGGUCUACGCGAGUCGUGCAAGAAAAUCCUCCAACGCUUGCGGCAGCAGGAGGUGGAGGAGUUUUGCUGCAUCUUGUGUGGCGGUCGCGUACGAGGGCAAGACGCCCUAAUGCAGCACCUCAUUAUGGAGCACGACGUGCACUGCCUUCACUUUGACAACGUGGUCGAUCUCCCUCGACUGUUGGAGCACCUUUCGGCACUACUGCACAACCGUGGGGCCUCUCCUGCGCAGUGGGUGUGCCCCGUGUGCGGUGAGGACACCAUGUCAGAGAAGGUGGAGGACCUGAUGAGCCACAUGAGUCUGGCGGGGCACCGGUACUGGAACCCGCACACAAUUCCUAGCAUGGCGCAGUGGUAUAUAACAGGUAGCUCUGUACCCAGUGGACUGGCCGACAGGACAUUAGCUGAGACGCCUAUGCUAGUCACAUGUGCGUCUUCUUCGACUGCGCCGCGAGGGCUAUCACGAGACGGUGCGGCGGAGGAGGAAGACCACGACUCGGAAUGGAACGAUAUCGAGGAUGAGGAAGUAGACGAGGACGAAGACUGGAACUUGGAGUGUGUCUGUCUUUACUGUGACUACAGCGGCGAGGACGUCCUUCAGCACCUCAAGAGCAACCACGACUUCGACUUCCGGGCAAGUGUGCAGCGGCGACCUGACUUGCACGAUGAGUACGACCUGAUUCGUCUUGUAAAUAUGAUCCGGCGUGCUGUGUGCAGCGACCGCUGCCCGUAUGGGGACGAGUGCGACGUUGACAGCAAGCAGUACGAUCGCGCCGCACUAGAGGAGCACCUUGUGAUGCAAAAGGAGCACCGCCUGCCGCGGCGCGUAUCGACUAGCGACACUGAUUUGAUCCCUGUCCUUCCCGGAGACGCCUUUAUCUCCAUGCUCGUGACCAGCGGUGAGGGCUUUCUCCAGGUUGAAUUGGAGGACCCAGACUUCCCGAUGGUGCCGACGGUGCAGGAGCUGGCCGCCACAGCCUCGCGUACCCCACUCAAGACGAGAUAG